AUGACCAAUACUGCUAAUUAUUACUGUUCUUCUUCUUUAGAUUAUCUAUCACCGCCUGAUAGUGAAUCAACCUUUCAAUUUCCUUUUAAACCAUACGAUAUUCAAAUUAGUUUUAUGAAGAACUUGUAUCAAGUUAUAGAAGAAGAAAAAUUGGGGAUUUUCGAAAGUCCAACUGGAACUGGAAAAUCAUUAAGUUUGAUAUGCGGGGCAUUAAAAUGGCUUAAAGAUAAUGAAAAUAGAUUUGAUAAAUUAACUGCUAGUGAAAAUGUUUGUAAUAAUGAAAACAAUGAUUCUAAAUUACCACAAUGGGUAUUGGAACAUCGUAAAAAACAAAACAUCAAAGAUGAGCUAUCAAGAAAACAACGAUUGAAUGAACGACUGAAAAAGAUCCGAGAAAAAGAAAAGCUUGAAAGAGAGAAAAGUCAAUCACAAAGAAGCCGUCAUGCUAGAAAACGAUUGAAACCAAUUAAAGGAUCAGAGGAUAAAAAUUAUAAAAAUUUGAAUGUUAAUAACACUAACAAAGAUAUUGGUGAUGAUGAUCCCGGAUUAAAUGUAUUUCUGGUUGAAGAUUAUGAUAGUGAUGAGGAUACUGAAAAUCAUAGUAACGAUAUUAAUGACAUUAAUGAUGGCAUUGUUACUGUCGUCGAAGAUAAUUUAUCUGAGGAUGUACGCGAACUUUUAAAAAGAACACAUUCUCAAUUAUCUCAAUUCAUCAAUGAACUUCGUAAAACCGAUUAUGUCUCUGAAUACAUUAAAUCUGUCUCAUUGGGUUCCCGAAAUUCUUUGUGUAUAAAUGAAAAUGUCAAGAGGUUUAAUAGCAUUACAAAAAUUAAUGAUAAAUGUAUGGAUUUGCAAAAAUCUGAUUUAAAAGCUGAGAAAAGAUGCCCCCAUCUUCCUUUUAAGGACAAAUCAGGGUUUUUAGAUUUCAGAGAUCAUGUUCUGGCAGAAGUGCGUGAUAUCGAAGAUUUAGCUCAUCUUGGCAAAAAAUUGAAUACUUGUCCUUACUAUGGCACAAGGAAAAGUAUUAGACAAUGUCAGAUUGUUACACUUCCUUAUAAUCUUAUAUUACAAAAAUCUUCAAGAGAAUCAAUGGGAAUCUCACUUGAAAAUAACAUUGUGAUUAUCGAUGAAGCUCAUAAUCUUAUAGAUACGAUAACUUCUAUUAACACUGUUCAAAUUGAUUUACCUCAAAUUAGAAGAAUGGGCUCACAAUUAUCGUCAUAUCUUGAUCGGUAUAAAAAUCGUCUUUUAGGAAAAAAUAUCACAUACAUUCAGCAAAUUUUAUCGAUGUUACAAGCUUUGGUAAAAUGUUUAAAAGCUUGGCAGAAAAAAUGUGAAAACUUUGAGGAAGAUAGUUAUGAAGGUCUAGAGGAGGUAAAAACAGUAAAUGAUUUUGUGCAUUUAUGGAAUAUUGGUCAUUUAAAUCUAUUCAAAAUCCAAAAUUAUUUAAAGAAAAGUCUGAUUGCUCAGCAUUUAUCUACCAUUCCAUCAUUAAGCCAAGUUGAAGCAUUUCUUAUGUCAUUAACUAAUGGUAAUCAAGAUGGUCGUGUAAUACUUGGUUUCUUGCCACAACAAACAUCACAGGUUACAUCUUCAUCAUCAAAAUCAGAAUUAACAUUAUGUAAAGAUACAUCACCAAAGACAAAAAUAAAAUAUAUUCCUUAUAUAAAAUAUUUGCUGUUAAAUCCUUCAAAUCAAUUUAAGGAGAUUGUUCAAGAAGCUAGAAGUGUAAUUUUGGCAGGUGGUACCAUGGAGCCUGUAAAUGAGUUAAUCGAACAAUUAUUUCCAUAUUUACCUUCUGAAAAAAUAGUUAAAUUUUCAUGUGGUCAUAUCAUACCACCUGAAAAUUUAUUAACAUUAACAGUUUCUGAAGGUCCAAUGGGCGGAAUUUUUGAAUUUACAUAUGAACAUCGUCAAAAUGUAAAAAUGAUAGAUGAAUUGGGGCAAGUUAUUGUAAAUUAUUGUAAUAUUAUACCAGAUGGUGUAAUCUGUUUUUUUUCAUCAUAUUCGUAUUUAGAAAAAGUUUAUAAGAGGUUCGAAACUAAUGGUAUAUUAAAAAGAAUUGAAAAACGUAAAAAGGUUUUUCAAGAACCUCGUCAAGCUAAUUUGGUUGAAAAAACUUUAAAUGAUUACAAUCAUCAUAUUCACACCAAUUCUGAAUCACAUAGAGGAGCAUUAUUAUUAUGUGUUGUUAAUGGAAAGAUGAGUGUAAUAAUGGUUGGAUUACCUUUUGCAAAUCUUUCCUCUAAUGAUUUGAAUGAAAAAAUGAAAUUUAUAAGUCAAUCAAAGGAAAAUAAUAAUUCGAAACAACGUGGAAUGGAAUAUUAUUUGAAUUUAUAUCAUCGAUUCAACACAAAUUUUAGGAUAAGACAAAAAUUACCAAGUUGGAUUAAUAAAAGUGUUGUUGAAUGUAAAAAAUUUGGAUUGACUGUUGCAUCCCAUUUGCAUUGGAAUGAAGACACAAUUUUUUCUAAAUAUUAUGUAUUACAAAAACAACGAAUUUUGCCAGAAUACUGUUGUCAAUGUGAAGAAUUUCAAGUGAUGCUGUAUCCAAAUUAUACCAAAAACUUAAUCCUAAUUCAACAAGAAGAAUAUCUGGAGUUGAGAUCAAAUUUGUUAGAAUUAGAUGAGGAUGAAUGGUUUUUGCGCUCACAAAACCAUAUUCCUCUCACUGACCUAAUCAUAACUGGAAAAGCUAAAUCAUUUGCAAAAUUGCUUAAUAUUCCUGAUGAUGCAUUGACAUUUUCUUCUGGGUGGCUUCAAAGCUUUAAAAACAGAAACAAUUUGAAAAGAUAUCAAUUGCAUGGAGAAAGUGGAUCAGCUGAUACCAAUGCAAUUGAAAAUGCACUUCCUGAUUUAAAAACAAUUAUUAACUCCUUUAGACCUGAAUGUGUAUAUAAUAUGGAUGAAACAGGACUACUUGAACCUGACACAACUCUAGCAACAAAACAAUUUGAGGGAAAAAAAAAGGACAAGGAACAUUUGACUGUUGUGCUCUGUUGUAAUGCUGAUGGAACUGAUAAACUUCCACCUCUCAUUAUUGGAAAAUUUUUAAAACCUCGGUGUAUGAAAAAUGUUAAUAUGAAUAAUCUUGGAAUUACCUAUAGAGCAAAUACUAAAGCAUGGAUGACAGCAGUUUUAUUUCAAGAAUGGUUAAGACUAUUUGAUCAAAGAAUGUGUGGUAGAAAGGUGUUAUUAUUACUUGACAAUGCACCUUGUCAUAUAAUUGAAGGGGUAGAAUUGAAAAAUACACAGAUUAAAUUCUUACCACCAAACUCCACAUCAAAGAUUCAACCUUGUGAUGCUGGGAUUAUUGCAUCUUUCAAGAAACAUUACCGUCAUCAAUUUGUACAUCACCUUCUUGAAAAGUUUGAGGAUAAUGAACAGCAUACUGGUAUUAUUAAAUUUGAUAAUAAUGAAGAAGGAGAUGAAAUAAUUCCUAAUAUAGAAAAAAAUAUUACAGCCUUAAGGUAUUAA